GUAGCUCGCGCUCUAGCGGCUUCUCAGUUUUCCGCGAGCGUCAGUAAACUCGCAUCUCCCUCGCGGAGGGAGUCUCGAGGCGGACGGCAGAGCCUGAGCAGCGCGCGGACCCCCGGCCCUCCUCUCUCCGGUGAUGACCCACUAGGUCUCCAGCAUCCUGCCGUCACACACCCCAGCCCUGCAUACACCUUUGUAUCAAACCAAUAUGGCCGCCACCAAGAGCGGCUAUGAGGGGAAGAUCGCCGGCCUGUACGAUCUGGACCGGACUCUGGGCAAAGGUCACUUUGCCGUGGUCAAACUGGCGCGGCACGUGUUUACCGGCCAGCUGGUGGCCGUGAAGGUGAUUGACAAGACAAAGCUGGACGGGAUGGCCAUGGGACACCUGCUGCAGGAGGUCCGCUGCAUGAAGCUGGUGCAGCACCCCAAUGUGGUGCGACUCUACGAGGUGAUCGACACGCAGUCCAAACUCUACCUGAUCCUGGAGCUGGGCGAUGGCGGCGACAUGUAUGACUACAUCCUGCGCCAUGAAGGUGGCGUCGCUGAGGAAACCGCCAAGGUCCACUUUGCCCAGAUUGUUCGAGCCAUUGCGUACUGCCACCGGCUCCAUGUGGUCCACAGAGACCUGAAGCCGGAGAACGUGGUCUUCUUCAGACAGCAAGGGACUGUCAAGCUUACUGACUUCGGCUUCAGUAACCACUUCCAGCCCGGGACCAUGCUGAUGACAAGCUGCGGAUCACUCGCUUAUUCAGCUCCAGAGAUCCUGCUAGGAGAAGAGUACGACGCUCCAGCCGUGGAUAUCUGGUCACUGGGUGUGAUCCUCUACAUGCUGGUGUGCGGCCACCCGCCGUUUCAGGAGGCCAACGACAGCGAGACGCUCAUCAUGAUCAUGGACUGCAGAUACACCGUCCCAGAUCACGUCUCUGCAGAGUGUAAAGAUCUUAUCUCUAGGAUGCUGCAGAGGGACCCCUCUAAGCGGGCGAGCCUGGUUGAUAUUGAAGCCCACCCAUGGCUCAAUGGGGUCGACCCCUCGCCUUCUGGCCACAGCGCUGCCCCGCUUACCUCCCACCGCAGCCUCUCCCCACACGAACACGAACUCAUCCUGCAGGCCAUGGCCAGCGGCAACAUCGCGGACAGAGACACCAUCCAAGAAGCACUGGAGGCUGACAGAUAUAACCACAUCACAGCUACAUAUUACCUACUGGGAGAACGCAUCCUACGAGACAAGCAGGAGCAAAAUGGCCUCGCUCCAGAGCAAAGGCAUACAGAGAGGCCCUUAUCUGAGCCACUGGACCUGGUGGAGGGCCGGAGUCCCCAGGCCGAUCCCCUGAGAGGUGCAACUUUGGCUCCUGUGGCUCCACUAGGCUCCCUAUCUCCAGGGUUCCCCCGCCGGGGCGUGUGUGAAUCCGGAGACCUGCUGGCUCCCAAAACCAGUCGUCAAGACGGCUCCUUCGGCGACUUUGGUGCCCCAAGCUCCUGCCUGGGUCUUAGUCUCCGUUCUGUAGCUCCAGAACCAGCCCCAACUGUGAAAAGCCUUGGGGCUCUACAACAAAUCUGUGAAGAAGAAGAGGAGGACGAUGUGGAAGGUGAAGAAAAGGAGCAAGGUGAAGUUCAAUCUGCUCAGCAGGUUAGCAAACCUUGCUUAGAAGUGUCAGAAGAACCUUCUUCAGAAUCGUCUCACUCACUUUCUGGCUCAGAGCAGAGGAAAGGAAGAGGGAAGGUUGGGAUGUUAGUAGAGGAGGCACUUCAAGAGGUGGAAGAAGAAUGUGGUAAAGAACAGGAAUCACAAGAUUUAGCGGCUAAUAUCUGCAGGAUGACUGAGGAGCAUCAAGAGAAGCACACCAGCAAACAAAUCAGUGAAGAUAAGGAGACCAUGUCCCAGACUGAGGGAACACAGAACAAUAAGCACCCAGGAAGGGAUGGACUGGGGAACAAUCUUGACAGCACUGAAGAUGAAGGACGGAGGGAGCAGAAUGGACCUCCUCCAACAGAAGCACCUAGACUUAAUGCUGUGCAAUGUUGCUUGGGUCAACUUGAGCCCUCCAAGGACACUCUAGAGGACAAUAACAACACUCCUUCCAAGGCAAAGCUUCUGGACAAAGGUGUGAUCUCUGCCCCCUGCAGUUCACCACGCUCUUUGCCCAAGAACCACUGCGUGGACCUGGGCCCAGAUGGAGUGGAGAUGCGCAGGAUGGGUGGGGAGGGUGAGAAAGUGGAAGAGACCCAUACCAAACCUCAACAGGGCCACCGGGUAUCUAGGGAUGCCGGGACGGACAUCAAGAACAAGAACGUGAACCUGCGAGACCGCCUGUUGCAGUUUCCUCUCUGUGAGAAAGCCCUGUCCUUCAAUAUUCAGCCCACCUCCAAAGAAAAACUGCUUCCCUUCGCACAGUAUAACUGUUGCCACGUGCUAUAGGACGAGAGAGACGUUCUGAUGAGAAUGAAUGAGGAGAAUGUGAAAGAUCGAGAGCAAGCCUCUCUCUUUCCCAGAUCUCUACAUUCCCUAAACGUGUAUAAGCCGUCCAGACCUUCUCCAGCAUCAUUAAAUCAUGCUAGCUCGUGGAUCAGGUUACUUCUCAUUUCUCCUCCCUUCUCCAACACCAGUAGUUUUUAAAAGACACAGUGUGUGUGUUCUCCUCUCUUACUGUGACCUCAGAGGUGCUCUGGCUACACACAGAAAGCGCCCAAUCUACUUAUCUUACACCUGUAGCUGCUCCCACCCCCAACCCAGCAGUCCCUGCUGCUUUCCCGUGUGGCGGCUAACCUCCUAGCGCUGCUGUGUAUAUAAACACCUGUAUCUACUGAUGCCAUUCGCUGCAUUGUGUGCUAUCUCAGUGACCUUUACUAGAGCUAGAGUAUGUCUUGCCAGUGUAGAAGCCCCCUGUUUAAUACAAUCGCUUUGUUGUUUUGCACUCUUAACGGCUUCUCCAGAACAGAUCUUCACCUAAAAAAGAUGUCAAGUCAAGAGGGAGAUGUAAAGCACAUGUGAAGCAGAUGUUAAAUAAAUAGUUUGAUUACAUGCUUUAGUGUAAAAUGAAACAUAAACUGAUCAGCCAUAACAUUAGCACCACCUCCUAAUAUUGUGUAUUAAGUCCUUGCUACUAUUCGGAGAAUUUAUUGACCAAAAAAAACAAAAAAAAAUUAACAGCAGGUGCUGUUAGCAUGAGCAUCAGUGAUGCUUGGGUCCUGUGAUCCUAUUGCCGCUCCAUCGGCUGGCCUUCCUUAAUGGGGAACACUCCACAAGACACGCUUGAUGUUCUGGAGAUAUUUUGAACCAAUCGUUCAGCCAUUACUGUUUAGUUAUUUUCAGUUUGGAGUGUCUCAGAUCCUUUUCUUUUUUGGCUUUCUUGCUUCCACCAUAUGAACUUAAGAACAGAAAAAGCCUCUGUAGAUUAAUAUAAUCAAUAUAUAUAUUCCCAAGUUCACUUAUCAGUGGUGCUAAUGUUAUGGAUGUUUGGUGUAUAGCACUAUUAAUAUUGUUGAUUUUUCAUUUUUGCAUUGGCUAAUGCGCCGAGCAUCAGUUAGCUGGUUAAAUUAUUUCCUGCACUUAAAACCCAGACAGAGAAAAAAAAGUUCUGAAUUUGUCUGAAGAUGACUCCAGAUUUUAGGUUUCCUGAGGCCUCACAGCAUCUCCAUCGCAUUCAAGAUUACUAUUAGAUACCACAUAACAAUCAGCAUGACGCUGGGAAACCUUUGAGAACCGCAGUUUGGUUCAGUUAAUGGAUCACAGUCUAGUGUAGGAAGGUGCAUGGCAUUGGCCCUAUGGCAUCUGUCCCUGUUCCUCUGGCCAGACUGUAAGUGGGGGGGUUUAGUAGGGCCAGGAUGCAUGAGAGGCAGAUUGAGCAUUUAACUGUUUGGGAGCACGGAUACGGGAGCAUGCUACAUUAGCAAAGCUUAGACUAGCAUUAGCGCCACGCUAGCUGGGUUGACCAGGGAAAGGCUUUGGAAUAUAUCUGAAAUACAUUUUUCCAUGGAAAAGGACUUGAACAGAGGUUAUAGUGAAAGACUUUCUGUGAAAAGGACAUUAUCCGACGAGAGAAGACUGGUCUUCCUGAAGCUAUUUUUUUGAUGUGUUUUUCUUUCAGACAAAUGGAGUCAAUGGAUAUUCUUGGAAAUGUUAUGGGAUUUUUUAUCAUAUCAGAGCCUUAUUAAGGGUAUGUUGGAAACAUGGUGACGAGUUCAUAUCAUUCAUUGUUUUCAUUGAUUUUGUAUUUAAUUUGGUUUUAUUUCAGUUUUUACAUAAGAGGACCUUCUUGAGAGAAUGGAAGAGUUUGGGUGUAAAAUCUUGAACAUUAAUCUUGACGUUAUUGUUUAUUGGCCUCUUUAUUGAGUGCAUCUUGACUGUUGAGCAGGCAGUCUCACAGUAUAAGCUCUUGGACACGUCUGGUCAUGUACAGUGUGUGUAUAUAUAUUCUUUUGAGCAUGUGUGUUGCUAUCUAUGUAUAUGCUAUUAACAUGAUAUUGUGUUUUGACCUAACAUAGCGUUUGAUAAUACUAGCUCUACCCCUCCUUGUCAUUAGAUAUCUUACAGUGAAGAGAGUAAAAAAAAAAACAUUCCUCUAAAGGUGAUUGCGAGAUUGUAGAAAAAUGUUUAGGAACAUGAUUUCAAAAUCUUACAUUUGCCUCUUCUAACAGCCAGGGAAUGGUGUGUGCUAAAUGCAAAGGUGGCAGAUCCAGAUCCAAAAUCCUAGAGUGAAUUUUUCGUUCUAGAUCUGGAAUUGCCAUCUCAAGCUACAAAAAAAAAAAUUAGGCUACACACAGCACAGGUUUUCUCUUAACACAGACAGCACAACAUACACCUUAACCUGCCACAUCUGUAAAUCAGUGUCAUUCCGAAGUAUACCUCUAAAUAGCUUAAAUCCACAAAGUCAAGGUAGCUUUUUUUUAAGUGGUGGCUAUUGGUUAUCUGGUACUCUCAGUGAUGUGUAAGUGGCUGAUUGGGUUAUUUUAAGCUGUAUGAAGGAAACUAAAACAUUUUCACGCGUGAUCAAGUCAGUCUUGUGAGUUUACUGUUUCUGUCGCACAGCCGAAAUACAGGCGCAAACUCAUUUGGGGCACACUGAUACCCUCUCUUAAAGACCACAGAUAAGCUGGCCCAAAGAAGGCUCUGAACAACAAAGUCAAUUAUGCUAUACAGCACCGGGUGCUAUGAGAAAACCUAAUGGAUCAAUACUGAAUAUCUCUAAUAGCAACUGAAGCAUAUUUAGAUUUUGUGUUUAGAUACACUGUAGAGAUUCUCACAUUGCCAUUCUUCACAAAGGUCUUCACAUAUCUUAGCUUUUACAAGGAUCUUCAAUCGUUAAGUGUUUCAGAGUAAGAGAAGCUUUAAGAUUAGGCAUCCUUCUAACUACUUGUAGAUGGUUCUUUUGGGAAUUAAAAGUUGGAUCUUCAACAAAAAAAACAUUUCUGGUCAAUUUGGCGCCAAUAUUUAUGUAGACCCUCGUUCUGUUAAGAGGUUCUGAAAGAAAGAAACGAUUCUGCUUGAUUAAAGGGGCUCAGAUCUUAUUCCUUUUUCAAAUACAUUACAAAUCGUUAAGAAACAUUGUUUAGAACAUUGUUUCAUACUAUUAGUUACAUCCAGAACUCUAAAAUCCACACAAGCAACCUUUAAAACGUGUUUCUUAAUCACACUGUUUUAAAGAGUGAACCUGAUCAAGUGCUACUCUUACUCAAACACACUUAAUGACUGUAGGUCUGCUCUGAAUUUUAGACUGUACAGGAAAUCAAAAUGUAGAAAAACAGACAGACUGUACAAAUCAUGUUCACCAUUUCUCACUCACCCAUCACUUUGUUUUAUGUUUUCUCAUUUGACUCGGGUCUCCCAUUGACCAACCAGUUGGAACCACUCCACAUGGGAGAAUGACAGCUGGAUAUGUCUAUAGUCCCAUUGACCCUUAAAACUAUGACUCUGUCUCAAUGAGAUUAAUUUAUUUUUGUAUUUAUUUAUUAAAACAAAUUAAACCAAAA